UUCUCUCUCUCUCUCCCCCCUACUUCCAGAAAACCAUUUUUAUUUCUUAAAUCCAUCUCUUUUUUUCAGGAAGUGGUGGUUUGAGGCCGCUGUUAAAAAUGCUUCCUCAGCUUCGGGCAACCUAAGAGUAUUUCCUAUAUUCAGGAUUUCCAGAUCUGCUGCUUUGAACAAAGCACCAGUCAGCCGUCAUGAAGAUUUCGCUGAUCACCUUCCUUCCUCUUGCCCUAUUUAUUACCAAAGGAUUAUCUCUGGAAUGUGAAGAAUGCUUUGGACUAGGAGGUUGUUUUGGGAAUAUGGUGGCAUGUGAUUUUGGGAAAGACACAUGCAGUGUUACCAAUUUGGUCCUCCCAACGGGGCUAUCCCUGACUAUAAAAACCUGUGUCUCAUCCGAGGUCUGUGACAAAGGCAUUCAAGUCAUUAACUUGGGCCAGCUAGGAAAAGCUGUUGGCCACUUAAGAUGCUGCAAAGGAGAUGACUGUGGAGUUACAGUCCGUCCAGAAUUGCCCAAGAAGGCCCCAGCCAAUGGGAAGCAGUGCCCAGCAUGCUUUGCACUGGGAAAAACAUGUUUCGAAGAAGUUACGAAUUGCACUGGAGAUGAACUGUACUGUGCCGAAGGACUUCUGGAUAUAAGUCUUCUGGAGGUCAGCUUGAAGGGAUGUGCAAACAGAGCUCUCUGUGAUAGUCUGGUUGGAUAUGAAGCCAUGGCUCCUGUAAACAGUGGACAUCAUGCUAUGCAAUGCACACCAGGCUCUUCAAUCUACCAACAGGAAGUCUCAACCGUUGGCCAAUGGAAUGACCUAACUCAAGGGAACUCUGGGGGUGUUAAUAAUUCCAUACCCAGAUGGUUUGGGCUCAUCAUCACAAUUCUUUCUGGCAUCCUUCUGGGGAAACUCCUGGGUUGAUUUUUUGCCAAGUGUAAAGAUUUCAUCAUAGGAGAAAAAUCGAGCUGGCCUAUGGUAUUCCAAAAUCUGGAGUCGGGUAGCAUUUUUUCAGCUAAGAAUGUUUAUUAAAAGCAAUACUUUUUUUUUUUGGUGAGCUGCAGCUGACAUCCGAAAUAGGCUUCAUUAGAUGCUUUAAACCAUCAGGUCACCAUCCAGUGAUCCAGCUGGCUUCCAACUUCUGUCUCUUCUAUAAUCAUAGAUUUUUUUUAAAAAAAAAAAAACCAGGAAAGUUUCAUUACUCAGAGGCUCACAGCACUUGAGUUAAUGCUUUUGAUAUCCAGGAGUGUCCCUCUAACAAUAGAAGGGCGGGCUAAUGUCCUUUAAUGUUAUCACUAACGGUGAUGGUGAGAAUCAAUGCUCAAUUGUGGUUCUCAAUCACUAUCAGAUCGAUGUACAGUCUUUAAUUCCUUUCAGCAGUAACCAAGGCAGAGUUACUUCUUUGUGGUUCUAGAAACAAAUUCA